GUGAAAAAGAAAGUAGUUAAUUUUGUUUUUUUACAAAGGAAAAAAGAAAAGGAAGUCAACCAAAUUCUGGCUUUUCUUCUGUUACUUAUCCUUCCUGCUCUCUAAAUCCUUUUUUCAAUUUCAUAUAAAUACCCCACAAGAACCACCCCUCAAAUUUCAUUUUUAUAACUUUCAAGCAUUAAUUUUUGUACUAAAAUCUCAAUUGUCUUCAAGAUCAAGAAAUUUAUUCGAUCCAAAAAGAUGGCAGACAGCUGGUGGGAUUCAAGAACAAGGCCUUGUUUGGAUUCAGUAUCAGUUACCUCCAUGAAUCUUUUUCAAGAAACCAGAGAAAGCACGACAACAACAACCACAAGUGGCGGUGGCGGCGGAGAAGGUGGUGGUGGUGAUGGGGUGUUGGGCAACAACCCAAGUUUACAAAUGAUGGAAUUAGGUCUUUCAUCACAACCAAUAUCACAGUCGUUGGAUUGGAAUCAAGCUUUAUAUCGUGGAGAUCAAAGAAGUGAUCAUCAUCAAAGUGGUUACCAAACCCUAGCUCAAGAAGAUCAUAGUUUGAGCUCAGCGACAAGUAAUUUCCAAGAACCCCAAUGGAAAUCACAUAAAAUAUAUUCGGAUUCUCCAACAGAGUUCAAGCAAAUCAAUGUUAGGGGUUUCCGAUUAAAUGAACCGAUGCAAUACGACGAAAACGGAUUAAAUCCAAGCUUCCAAACAAUGGAUGAUCAUUCCUAUGGAAAUUCUACGGUUAUACAAAGCUUAUUCGGUUCAGAAAAUACCACGAGUCAACAAGAUUCGGGUUAUGAUCAAAAUCAAGGAUUGAGUUAUAUGUAUCAAUCUAAUUAUGGUGGUGUCCCCAUGCAGUCUGGUGGCUGCAGUGGUGACGGCGGUGGAGGAGAGUAUCCUCCGCCACCUCAUGAAUUCUCAGUGAAUUCACCAUCAAAAGUGCAACCAUCGAACAUUGCUACACAACUACACUUCUCCAACAACGCUCGAUUUUGGAAUGCAUCUGCAGCCUCAAUGAAUGAUGUUAGAUCGAGUUUUUUUCCUUUGCAAAUGCAACCACCUUCAUCAACCAUUGAAGAUAAAACAAAGAAUCCCACAUCAGAAAUGAUGAGAAAAGCAAGCAGCAAAUCAUCAUCAACCAAAAGACCAAGAAAUGAAAACCCACCAUUGCCAGCUUUUAAGGUGAGAAAAGAGAAGAUGGGGGACAGAAUCACUGCACUUCAACAAUUAGUUUCACCUUUCGGAAAAACUGAUACAGCAUCAGUGUUGUCUGAAGCUAUUGAAUACAUCAAGUUUCUCCAUGAACAAGUUAACGUUCUAAGUACUCCAUACAUGAAAAGUGGAGCUGCAAUCACGCAACAACAAGAGAUUAUAGAUAAGGAAGGAUCACGACAAGAUCUAAGAAGUCGAGGGCUUUGUUUGGUACCGAUAUCAAGCACAUUCCCGGUGACACAUGAAACGACAGUUGAUUUUUGGACACCAUCUUUUGGGGGAACUUUUCGAUGAGUGUGAAAACACGAAAGAAUUUGUUCAUGGGGCCAGUAGUGAUCAUCAAACGAAUUAAUUCUAAGCAAUAAAUUAGGAAUAUCUUGUAUAAAUAUGAAGAGAAAUCAAAGUGGAAAAGUAAAGAAAAGGAUAUGAAUCUUUAAAAUGUUGGGCCAGCUAC